AUGACAAAUUUUAUAGUUAAACAUUUACGUACGCUUGCUAUUACAAGUGUUACAUUAACAUCAUCAUAUUACUUAUAUAAUCAUGAUCAUAAUCAAAUACGAAACCGUUUAUUUUCUUUAUUAAAAGUCGACGCUUCUGAAUAUGAACGAAGAAAUGCAAAAAUAGCAUCAAAUCGACAACGUUUUAUGGACCAAAAAUAUAAAAAAAUUGAUGAUGAUGAUGACGACGAUGAUGAUGAUGAUGACGAUGAUAAAAAUGAAUCAAAGAAAACUGAUGAAACUGCAUUAAAUAUACGUGAAAGACGUUUUCGAGAAUUUGCUUCUAUUGAAUAUAAUGAAGAAAUAUAUAUGACACCGGUGGAUUUUCUUGAAUCAGUUAUUGCAGAACGACCAAGACCUCGUAUUGGUCGUCGACAUUUAACCGAUGACAAAGUGCAAUCUAUUUUAUAUAGUACACCACCAAAACAUCGAGGAUCAAAAAGAUUUUUUCGCAAUCUUGAAGAAUCUGGUCUUAUUUCAUAUUCUGAAUAUUUAUUUCUAUGGGUGAUUUUAACAAAACCAUCUACACAAUUUCAAAUUGCAUUUAAUAUGUUUGACACAGAUGGUAAUCAAUUGGUUGAUAAACAUGAAUUUCUUGUCCUUGGCAAAGUAAUGAGUGAUAAACGUAUGUUACAUCGAGAAACAUUAAAACCAAGGUUAAAUGAAAACUUAAU